CUAAACCGCAUCUCAUUACUUAUCAUAACCAAACACAUUAUGGUGGACUAUGGUACUUUUGGGUCAGGAUCAAAUCCCUCCAUCCCUGAACAGGCCUCGGCAGAUCAAACUUCAGUAUACAGCGACGAUGGUGUCCGCCCUUCGAGUGCUGUUACCACAUCAGAGAAUGCCGCCCCCAACAUAUUACAGGCUCCACCUCUGGUAGCCAUCAUGUCCCAGACAUGUCGUUCAAAAACUGAGGCUCGCAUACUCAGGAAGAUCGAUACCAGACUGCUGCCCAUGAUCAUCCUCAUGUACAUUAUGAACUAUCUUGAUCGAAAUAAUAUCGCUGCCGUGCGGUUCGCUGGACUGCAAGAGGAGCUGAGUUUGUCGAGUAGGGAAUAUCAGACCAUUGUCUCCGUCCUUUUCAUCGGAUAUCUCCUCAUGCAAGUCCCAUCCAACCUUUUUCUCCAAAAAAGCGGAAGACCUGCCAUUUACCUCCCAACCUGCAUGGUAAUCUGGGGCGUCAUCUCUGCCUUGACAGGAACAUGCCGCAAUUUCGGUGGUCUCGUGACCUGUCGAUUCCUUUUAGGAUUUGUCGAAGCAGCCUACUUCCCCGGGUGUCUCUUCUACCUUUCGUCAUGGUACACGCGGAAGGAACUCGGCUUCAGGACGGCCGUCUUAUAUUCAGGCUCCCUCCUCUCGGGCGCCUUCGGAGGGCUUGUAACGGCUGGGAUAACAGGAAACAUGGACUAUUCCCACGGGCUACGAGCGUGGAGAUGGGUCUUCCUCAUCGAGGGCGCCAUCACCAUCGCCAUCGCUCUCAUCGCAUUCUCCAUCCUCCCGAAUCUCCCCCACACAACAACAUCUACAUCCACAUCCUGGCUGACCGAAGAAGAGCGCCAACUGGCCAUCUACCGCCUCCAAGAAGACAUCGCCUCGUCCUCUCCUUCCUCAACCAUAUCAUCCAUAUCCCCUAGUAAACCCACCCCGUUCUUCAAGGGCUUUACAAUCGCUCUCUCCGACCAAAAGACCCACCUCCUAACUCUCCUCCUAACAGCCCAAGUCUCAACCGCUUCGAUAACCCUCUUCUUCCCCACAAUCGUCGCAACCCUCUCCCUCCCCCCAAUCCAAACCCUCCUCCUGACCUCACCCCCCUACCUCCUCGCAGUCCUCUCAACCCUCCUAACAGCCCGCCACGCAGACCGCACCGGCUCCCGCGUCCUCCCCAUCACCUUACCCCUCCUCCUCGCCACGUUCUCCUUCAUCCUCGCGGGCUCUACAACCGCGCUCGUCCCGAGGUACAUUGCCAUGUGUGUAAUGGUGCCUGGUGUGUACUCUGGCUACCCUGUAGCACUAGCAUGGAUCUCGAACUGUAUCCCACAUCCGCCGGAGAAGAGGGCUGCGGCGUUGGCGUGGGUGAAUGCGGUCGCGAACGCAAGCUCCGUGUUUGCCAGUUUCUUGUAUGAGCAGCCGCCGGAAGGUGGACAGCCCGAUUUGACGCGUCCGUUGGCUGUGGAUUGUGCCACGGCUUUGGUGGCUGUUGCUGCGGCUUUUGCGGUUAGGCGGGUGUUGAGGAGGGAGGGAAGACGUGUUGUUGAGGGGUGAGUGGGGUGUUUCGAUAGAUGCGUGUGUGUGAGCGUUAUCAUAUUUCCUCUGAGUUUGGUAUGUAUUCGGAUAAGCUGAGGGUGCGUACGAUAUGAUACAGGUCUUGUGUGUGCUAUGUAAACUUUUCAUCCUUUCGCCAUGGAAUGGGGCUUUUUGACCUGCGAUUUCACCAACCGUC